UUCCUGUCGUUCAAAUACAAUGCAAGAAGUACGAAGAGUGCUGACGGAUGUUUCUUACUGGUCGAGACGCCUCAUAUAUUACGUGGUGACAGUUUCACAUUUGAAUUGGUGUUGCUGAAUGUGUUUUAAAUUUCUAGUGUUCUUUGCCAAUGAUUGUUUGAAGGUUGUAAAACCGUAAUGGCAAGGUUAACAGAAGAGAUGGUUAUUGCUCGUACAAGAGCAUCAGAUCUUUCAAAUAUCAGGAAACUAAAUUGUUGGGGCAGUGAACUGUCAGAUGUCAGCUUACUUCGCCGUAUGCAAAAUGUAGAAGUUCUUUCGCUCAGCGUGAACAAGAUUGGAACCCUAUCAGAUUUCCAGUUCUGUCGCAAUCUGCAGGAGCUGUAUGUACGCAAGAACAACAUUCGGGAGUUGAACCAGAUCUUAUAUCUACAAGAUUUGCCCCGACUCAAGUGCUUGUGGCUCGAGGAGAACCCAUGUGCUGAUACAGAUCAAUAUCGACUGACUGUAUUGCGGACUCUACCGAAUCUCCAGAAAUUGGACAACAUUGCAGUACAGCCAGAAGAGGUACAGGAUGCCCUGAGGAAAGGUCGAGAGUUAGUGCACCCAGAGGACAUUCAGGAUGUAUCUCCUGCAACAGAUCGUCACUGGGGAUCAGGUUCCAGCAGUCCAUCCCACAGCCCCACACAGCAUGAGGAAUACAUACCUCAAGUGUACUACAGAGAGUAUGAGGAGGUGGAGCAUACAGCAAGGAUACCUAGUGUUGGGCAGACAAGUCCCCCAAGACGACAGGGAACUGGUGAACGGGAGUCAGAGACAACAGAUGUACGGCGACACUCAGCCUUGAUACAUGAUGAUGAAUAUCACACAUCUUAUGAGACAGACAGAUGCAAUGCUAAUUAUGGGGCAUAUAUUCCCACAUAUUCUCAGCAGCAAAGUUCUCCAUAUGAACGCUCCCCUACCUCCACUAACAGUCACCCAGAAGAAGCGUCACCAUCGGAAAGUAUUAAGGAUGAGAUCAGCUGCCCCAUGGCCAUGUCAAACAGCAUGCCUCUGAUGAAGGAUUUGGCUCCAAAUGGUGAAGAACUGCACCGAACUAGCAGUGGGCACUGUUGUCAUGGAGGCCAGGCAGCUUGUGACAGUAGCAGUGAUGGGAGUGCAAACAGCAGCCAGUGUGGGGGGCGGAGCGGGCGGGGGGAAGAAGAUCCCAAGCAGCGAGUCAGUACUUCGGAUAAAGGACUUUCAAAUUCUAGGCCUCUGUACCCUCGCAGACCUAUCACUAGGAGUUCCAACAUCCUGUCAGCUGUACUGUGUCUAAUAAAGGAGCUUGACUACCCAAACCUGGAGGUAGUGGAAAUGGCCGUCCGGUCACGUAUGGAUGAACUGUGACUUUGCUGGCUGUGUGGGCGACAGUUACAGCUGUAUCGGGAGUAUUAACAUGAUGUGCAACCAUGGCUGUCUGAGGACAUUCCAGUAGAAACAUCUGCAGCAUUCAAACAUACUCCAAUGGCAGUUUAACCCCUCUGCACCCACAUGCCAUCAUCAGGGAUUAUAUAAAACAUUAAUGCCAUUCUUGUAACUACCACUGUUUUUGUUUUGCUAAUUAGCAUUUAAGGCUAGGAGUAGAUAGCAGAGAAAUGGUUGCUGGUAUCCAAAGGGAUAAGACAAUGUCCAGUGGCAUGCAGACAUUAGAAGGUCAAGAAAUGUUCUGGCUUUGUAAAGUAGUGAGAAAUUCAAGAAGAUUUAUCCCAUUGUUCUAUUUUCAGACUGUUGUAUCCACACAAGACAUAUUUAGUGAGUCCUGUGUCUUUUGACUUCGGUGUUUUGUCUAAUACACCUUCUUUGAAACAGGCCAGGAUUACAGUGUUGAGAAUAACUCAUAUAGCAGAGGACAAGGUUUGAAGCUUGGGGCAGAAACAAAUAAAAAUAACUGUAAAGUAGACAAAAAAAAAGCAUUGUCAUUAAUUUAUACUUAAUGGUGAAGAUUCUUGUGAUAAAAACAAGCCUACCAACUACCAUGGUUGCUGAAUAAAAUCUGUUUUCUGGAAUCUGACUUCUGCUUUUGCUUUUGACAGUAUGGCUUACUGUUGUGAAAUUUACUUAACCAUAAUAUACUGUCAUAAAUCAGUUUUCUGUUCUGUGUGUAGCUUUUUAUGGCAACAGAAGUUGGUUGAAUAACUGCAUACUGUUGUUGAAAUGUGUCCAAAGCAUUGAUGUUUCUGUGGUGGCAGGCUUGAAGUAUCAGUAUACAUUUUUUGAUAUUUUAAAAGUAUAAUUACAGUAUACACAUAUUUUAUCGUAGUAUUUGUGAAAGAUGUACUUAGGUGAAAUGAAUAAAUUGUUUUAGAGGGAAUGUCAUUUAUAGGAACAGAAAACAAUUCAGAAAUAACAGGGUUUACAUUGCCAGUGUCUGCAAAUGUAUAAGAGAAUCUUAAAUUUAAAACUGAGAAGACAGGCAAAAAAUUAAAUGAGAGAAGGAACAAUGAUAUAUACCUACAAGUGCCCAUGGUGUUACAACCACAGAGAAGUAUUGACAAAAUAUACAAUGGUCUGUAGGAGAGAUUAAUUGACCCAAUAUAGUAGAUUUUAUACUUUUACCUGAUGACAGAAACAAACCCAGCUUUUGAAAUAUGUUUUAAUCAAAAAAUAGGAUAAUGGGAAUAGUCCAAAAUAUUUGUCAGUUUGAUGUUAUUUCAAGUUACGACACCAGAAGGGUAAACAUUUUGUACCAUUGGCUGAUAUUGUUGUCCUCUUUUGUGAAAACUACUCCAAGCAAACACUCUGUAGAGUCACAAGAAAACUCUCAUCCAGAUGUGAUCUCCAUCUAGUAAAUUUUGUGGUUAUUUAGCGAAGCUGUAUCAAUUGACAGUAUUGCUCAUCAUGAGAAAAGAAUUUUGAAAAUGAAAUAACCUUGAUCCACUAUGGGCUUUUGUGUCACAGGUACCAUGAAUGUAAUGACAAAACAGUGUGCAUAACAGUAGUUAACAUCACGGCCAAGUGGUCAGGACUUCUUCAUAUUUAGGAGGUUCCAAGUCAAAAUCUUGGUUGGAGAUUGACUAUCCUGACUGACCGUUUAGGCAGAUUUCAGGAUAGUACUUUAAAUUAUGCCAUGGCCAUUUCCUUUCUUACUCGGUGUGGAGACAGUUAUUCUGUCUGAAGUUUUUGUGGGUUUCUUUAGUUGAUUAGGCAAAUGCUUCCUUUUAUGUCCUUUUACAUUUCACUGUUUACUGAUUAUUUUGUCAUCUGGCACUGCAUAGUCUAAGCUACUGACAAUGUUGUUAAAUAAACCAUAAAUAAAUCAAAUUAAUGAUUCCGAACUUUGGAACCUAUAAACAGUUACUGCUGCAAAAAUAUAGUGACAUAUUUAAAAUUGCUUCAUUUGCUAUGUGUGGUGAAUGUCAGAAAGGUGUGCACAGCUGCUAAUAAACAAUUUAAAUGUUCCCCUGAAUAUGCAUUUUCAGGAAUAUACAGUUUCUGAAAGGUUUUUUUAAAUAUAGAUUUCACGAUUGUCUUAAAAAUGUAUGUAAUUGCUAGUCUUGUAAGUAUUUCCAUGCUGUGUUAUUGUGAAUUACAGUGGUUACAAAUGAAUGUCCAUACUGCUGGACAGGAGACAUCUCUGACAGCAAAAAUCCAUGUUGUGUGAUGUGUUGUACAUUAAUUUUCAAUUGCUCUAGUAGCAUAAAUAUUUUGUACAUAAUGUUUCUUCUUGUGAGAUUUUUACUGCAGUCUGUAUUCACUUUGGAGUCUUCUGGGUGUUGGACUAUGUCAGAAUGGUAACCGUUAUCACAUUUCUUCCAAAAUAGGUAAUUUUUACUAUUUUGGCAGAGUGCAACACCCAGAUAAUUGUGUCCUGAAUUUUAUUGAUGUGUGGUGUUGAGGGCAGACUGAUUUGGAUUCAGUGUAGCCAGUUGUAAGAGAAUAUGAAACACUGUUGCAAUGAAAAAAUGAAAUAUUACAAAUUUCUCAAAAAUACUCUUAUAUCCCUAAGUCUGAUGAUGCAAUAUUAUGUUGUUUGUUUUUUUAUGUUAUUGCAUACUUUUAAGUUUAAGUUAUUGUAGCUAAUUUGGCUAUGUCCAAUGAAUGACCAACUUUGGUAUAAAAAUGCAUACAUUUUUCCAGUUUCGUACUACUUUAAUUAAAUCAGAGGUUCUCAAUCUAUGGCUGACUGAUGUGUUUUGUGUGGCCCACAUACAUUCUUGUAAUAUUGUAACACUGUAAAACGAAAAAAAAAAAUUAUCACCUGAGUUAAAUAUUUAAUUUUGAAUAAAGUUGAAAUUAACGAAUUUGUAAGAGAAAAUAUAUAUGAACCUAUUUUUGAUAGUGAGCAUAAGUUUUAAUAAAUUGCCAUGAAUUUUCAGUAAAUUGUCAUCUUUUAUAACCCAUCAGUCCAUGAGGCAGUAAGAAAUGAUAAAUGUAACCCAGGCCAUAAAAGUUUGAGAACCCCUGCACUACGUAGAAGGAGAAGUGAGAUGUUAAAUGGUAACAUAAGAGGCAGGUCAUAAGGAUCUGAAGGAAAAUUUAUUUGGGAAAGUAUAUAAAGUUAUUCGAGUUGAAAACAAGUUCAUGGAACAAGAAGUUGGUGAACUGCAUGCUAAUCAUGAAGUAAAGAUUAGACAUGUCCUUGGAGUCCAGUUUUAUUAAUUUAGAUGUUCUCAAAGUAGGAUGUGAAGUUCUCACAGUAGUAUGUACAAAGAUGAGUGAUGCUCAUGAUGGAGGCAGCUUAGCACUGAACCUGAUAAGAUAGCCAUUUUAUGAUUUUCUAAAAAAAUGGAUUUUUUUGAGAUACCAGGUUCUCAUGGCAGUGAGUGUUUAGGUGGCUGUCUUCUGGAUUGUUACACAUGUAGUCUGGCUGAAGUCUCCUGACAUUUCAGUGAUAUCACCCUGAUGAUGGAUGCACCAAGCGCCUCUGAAACAUGAACUACUACCAGACUACAUGGUGCAAGAACCCAGAGGUCAACCAUCUUCAUGGGAUUUUUUUAUGAACUAUAUACACAUGAAAUAUUUUGUUAUUCCUUCCAACUUCUGCUUGAAAACAGUUUACUGUUUGAUGGGCAUGAAAUAUUUUGGAAGUUCAUUGUGAUAUUUAUGUAAAGUAGUGUGUUUUGUCCAAAUAUGAAUUUGGAUGAUACAUUUAACAAAACUUUCAUAGCUAAAGUAGUGGUGUUUGUGAGUGCCUCAAAACUGAGCAGGCUGAUCUAGCAUUGAGAGUUGCAGGAGCAGUCCAUGUUUCUUAGUGAUUUCACUGUCUGUGCUAAUGGAUGGAUUUUAAUAGAAUUUAAUAUUGUUAAUUACUGUUGUUGGUCUGAAAGUUCUCUACAGUUGACUAGUGAGGGCUGCCACCUUGAGACAUUCACAGGGGCCUGUUUUCACUCCCUUUGGAUUUUUAUGCCUGUAUGCACUAUACCAUCGAUCUAAUUUUGUAUAACUUUGCACUGAUGUCUGUUGAUAUAUAGUUAGUAUUUGUUACAUUUGACUCAGUUGGAAACUUGAGACAGGGUGGCCACACUUCUGGAAGGGAUUUUUUAUAAUAAAAUAACCACAACAAAUGUUCUAACUUUUGGGUCUCUGUAUCAGAUUCGCUGGUAUUGUGAAUUUUGUUUUUUGAUAAUAGCUGUUAGAUUAGCAGAUACAAAAAUAUUCAAGUGUGUAAAGAAUGUAAGUACUGGAGCAUCGAACAGGAUAAAAGUAUCUUUAUUUUUACUGUGCAUUUGAUUACCUUUAUUGUAGCUGAUUGUUGUGUUAAGGAGCAUUUAUUGUGCUUCUUAUUGUUAAUCAUGGUUUUAAAAAAUGUUUCAAUCAGGUUUGUUAAAUGAGAUGUUAAGUUUAAUUUUGAUGUAAGAUUUUAAAUCUGGUCAUAAGACAGUGUUCUGUAGGCUGGGACAGAACAACUGUGCCAAAGAUGUGGAUGUAUGCUCUAUCAGGAAUAAUUGGGGUGGAGGAAAAUGUACUGGCACAGUUAUCUGUAUAAUGUCUAAGAGAGAUUUCAGGUUGUCAUUCCAGUCGUUGCACUGUGGAAUCUGAUAGAAGUUUACCAGCAUUUUAGAGGUACUUGCUGCAUCCAUCAAUAGUGAAAGGGAAAAUAAUAAAUGAGGGCAUUAAUUCAAGUAACAAAACAGAGCAAUGGUUACUUCUGCUUUCAGAAAUAAAAUGAACAGGACUGAAUGCUUCUCAUGAAUUUGUGUUUCUAGAUGAUGAUGUUUUAUGUUGUGGCCACCUUGUGGAAAGUGUGUGUGUGCGUGUGCAUCCGCCCACAUGCAUAUGAGCUAUGAACUACUAACACAAGAAUUGUAAAUUACCAUAAAUUUUACAAUGGCAGCUAACAGCAAUGUUAAUGACAGAGCUUAUUAUAAUCAAAGGUUGUGUAUUAUUUGUUGUUUUCAGAGAUGGAGAUUAUGUAAUGAGGCUUUAAUGAUGCAUAAUGGCUCAUAGUGCUUAUUCCUGUGGACUUUGGCCCUCGUUUAGAAGGGACAGCUUAUAUUUCACUUUGAAACUAGUAUAUUUGUAUACCUGCUUCUGCUACUGCAUUCAAGUUCUGAAGACUUGAACUGUGAAUUAAAUAUUUGAAAUAUUAUGUAGGCCAUCCUCUGACAUGCAGUAGCUUAUUCUUUUUUUUUACAUUCUGAUAUUUCUCUCCCAUCCCCAUUCUAGAUCUUUGUUAGGAAACCAAUGUCAUUCAUUCCAAAAUAGUGUUGGAAGUAACAAAAUAAAGUGAUGUUAUUUAAUUUUUUGAGAGA